CCGCCCAAAGGCAAGGAUUCAUCGAAGCAUUCGAAUAUGGUGAUAGUAGAGGCAGAAUUACCAAGCGGUUUCGUUGUCAAUGCAGAAGUGCUAAAUAGACUUAAGUCAACUCUACCGAUUCUCAAGCGCAUCGAAACGAAAAACGCUGACACUGUGGCCGUUUUCUAUUUUGAUCAUCUCUCCUCCGAACCAGCUACAUUUAAAAUUGAUGGCUUCCGAGAGCAUAUUGUUGAGGACCAAAAACCAGCGUCCAUUGUGGUUUACGAUUAUUAUGAUAAUGCUUUGAGUGCGCGUGAAUUUUACUCUUUGCCGGUUAGGAUGGAGGUUGAUGCCUAAAAGUGUGUGAAUCACAUGAAAUUUACCUCAAUUUAUCUCAAAAACCGCACAAAUACUAAUUAAUCAUAAUAAAACCAAAAUAAUAGACUAAUUUAGAUAUUCUUUUUUAGAAAGAAAAUUUUUUUGUGUGACAAUAAUGUCUUACAGCUCAUGCUUUUUACAAAUGUUAAAUAUUAAAGAUUUAGAAAAAAAAUAA